AAUUAAAAACAAUAUACAGUUAACCCACAAAACUACAACAAAAGCUAACAACAAGAACAAAAGAGCGGGGGCGUUAAUGUAUACGAACACUUCAAGGCAUUCAUCUAUUUUUUUUUUUUCGAAGUGCAUCCCUCUUGUCAUCACUAACAGCUUUGUCGGUCAGCGUGCCUUUGCCCUCUCUCCCCCUCCCCAACCACCACAUUCUUCACGACUCCCUAUCCUCCCUCCACGCAUUCCCUUCAAAGCUGCGAUGAAAAUAAAUUGUUAAGAGUCGGCGGUGUCGCAAGCUAGACUUUCAAGACCGAUAGCCUUGUGUCACGUGACGAUUACGACAGCAGCACACACACACGCACGCAUGGACAUGCAAGCCCAGCAUGACGGUUUGCAUUGUGUGUGGUUCUGUCACCUUCCUCCCCACCCACACCCAACCCUACACACACACACACAACCGAUCCCCCUUACACGUACACUCACACACAAACACGCGCGCACGCGCAGAAUGGGUAGGAGUGUAGGGGGGACGAGUGUAGGGGGGACGAGCAAAAGGCCUGUCCUUUCAGCGGGCAUCAGGCGGCGCCUCUCGCAGACCACCUUGCCGACUGCUGCUCGCGCUCCUAGGAGCCACACCAUCACCUACUGUGGCGGCGUUACGUCCUCGGCAACGGGAGUUGUCUACCCUUCGCGAGCGGAAGGUCGCGCGCCUCCGUGAGCCGUUCUUUGCCAGAUUCUUUCUGAUUCGCUGGAGCACGGAGGAUCUGCAGUGUGCAUCAAGCGGAGACCACUUUCUGAAACUCGAACCUGCCUGUGUUCAAAGCUCAUGCGCAAAGUGCUGCUUUAGGAUAAAAAAACCGAGCUUGAAGACCCGGCUACCAGAAGCUUCCUUCUCUUUGCCUCAAAUAAACCACGCAGUCAGGCACGCCCUUCUUCUGCAAUGAAGUCCUUGCUGAGUAAUCUCCGAGCUAACGCGAGGGUUUAAACCGGCGCCAAACGAGACCCAUGUGAGGUCAUUCUGUACGAAAGCACUAACACGUCACGUUCUCAGAAGAGGGGAGGACUAUGUCGGUCUCGGAGGCCGCCAACACGUCUAACCCAAACGCCAAACAAGGGGAUCCGACCCAGGAGGAGAAGCUGGCGGUCGUCUGCAUCCUGUCAGUGCUCAGCGUCUUCGGCACGUGCGGCAAUGGAUUGGUGCUGUACGUCUUCUCUAGUAAGGGCAACAAGGUGACGUCCACCAUUUUCAUCCUGGCUCUGGCGGGCACGGAUUUCAUCACUUGCCUCUUUCAUCCCACUGACGGUGGUCAACGUUGCCGCGGACAGCUACUUCUACUUCGACUUCGUGUGCAAACUGUACCAAUUCCUCAUCACGUGCAACGUUCCCUUGGCGGCCUUCAUCAUGGUGGCCAUCGCCGUCGACCGUACUUCAGCAUCUGCCACCCGUUCCUGCACGCCGUCACCCCGUGCCGAGCGCGGGUCACGGUCUUCCUACUGUGCGUGUUCGCCUUCGUGCUGGGGACUAUCACGGCCAUGGGACACAGCACGUAUAACUACGUCAACGUCACUGGGGAGGAGUUAAACGUCGCCGGGGCUCCGCCGUCGUCGGUGGAGCCGAGCUCUGGCGAAACGCGCUGGAGCUUUCUGGAAACGAGAGCACACCCGAGACUCUACGAGAGUGGACGAACGCCGACAACGUGUCGGAGAAUGUGCGUCUCGAGCUGGUGUUCACAGGCACGUGUAACGUGGUGUUCGUGCUUCUCACCAGCGAGUUCCUGCACUCCUAUCAGAAGGUCUUCGCUUCGUUCUAUCUCCUCUCUCUCAUCGCCGUCUGCAUCAUCUACGCUCUCAUCUAUCGCUCCGUCGUGCAGCGCCGAGAAUGGCGUCGACGGCAGCGCUCGGGUAAAGCCCUCGAGGUCGGCACCCACCCUAACCACGGAGGUGGAGGACAUCGAGCUUCGCUCCAAGAACGGGACGGAAAAUGGAGGAGUGAACGAGACUCAGUCGCUCAACAGCUCGGAGAAGAAGGCCAACAAAGAACGUAGAGACUUUAACUUCCUGGCCAACAUCCGGACGGCGGCCAUGCUGUUUGUUGUGACCCUCGUGUUCAUCAUCGCCUUCCUGCCGUCGUGGCUCAUGGCCGUACAGCUGGUGGAUUACAAGGUCAUCGUCUUCUACUGCUACUUCGUCUACAACGUUGCAAACCCUGUCAUCUACGCGUUCAUGAACCAUGCCUUCCGAAAGGAGUUGAAGAGGGUUUUCCAGAGGGGAACUAACUGUUUUGUGUGUAAACCGAGACUAUAUUCGUGAACAUGGCCAGAAAUGGAGGUAAAUGGAGAGAAAGAGUGCAUAUUCUGCUGUUUUUGUUCUUUUUUGUUGUUGUUGUUGUUGUUGUUUUUUUUUGUUGUUUUUUUUUGUAGAAUCCUUUACCUAAGUUAAAGAGGAUAGAUAUUAUUUUAUUAUCGUUUAUACGCAUAAGAAAAAUAAGAAAUUAUGUCUUACUCGGUUAAAAACAGAUAAAUUGAGCUUAUUUCCAUGGAGAAUACAAAAGCGUUUUCUCAGAACUAUUAUAUUCCGUUAAAAAAUUUCAAUAAAUAGUAACCUUCAAUUAGCUAAUUUGUUACAUUUUAGAGAUGAUUAACAACAGUUUUCUUUUUGUAAAAGAUCUGUUUGGCCGUUAACCUAACCGGUAACGCACAGACCAACGCACACCAGCCUCAAAAUUUUAUUAUUAAUCCAUUCUUCAUAGUCCUAUUCUUAACAGGAUGAAGUUCCUAAGGAGUCAGGGUUAGGCCAUGUGUUGGCAAACAUUUUUUUGCAAAGUCUCAAAGUUUCAAACUCUUGUCCCAAAACUAUUGCCCUCCUGUGGCCUUCACACGCGACUUUUGUCCAACUUAGUCAAACUUUGAUCGACAUUUGGUUAAGAAGGACAUUUCUAAAGUAUUUUUUUUUUUUUUUUGUAAAGGAAGUGUUAAUACAUGCGUCUUUACUUAAGGCCUGACUGACCAUCAGGACACGACUUGUACAUUAAUGAUGGAGAUAGGGCGUUGACAUGUCGAAGGACCUCUAAGUGGGUGUUGGCAAACUAAGACAGGAUCGUGCAGAAAAAACUUCUUAUUGUAAAGGACACAAAAUUGGAAUCUUCAAAAGUAGGGUCUAACUCAUCCCUACUUAUUUUAAUCACAUUAAUAAAUUAGUCAUCCUUUUAAAAUACUCCUUUUGUACAAAAUUUCCCAAAUUUAAUGCAGACAACUUAACACAUUUUCUAUGAAACCAUAUUGUCAUGCCCUAAUGCUACUCUAGACCAACCUUUCCUAAACUCCUAUUGACCUGGUGCUUAAUCAUUUCCCGUCAUCAAUUUAUAAUAGAACAGAGAACAUUCAAGACCAGAAAUUUUCUGGAACUAUAAUGGGAUUGUUUUGGGAAUCGUAUUUCCUUAGUGCUACUUCCAGAGUCGAAUUCAUGCAGUUCGUCAAAUUGUCAAACACUUCCCACAUCCCACUCCCAUCAUUGGCAUGGGAUAUCUCAGUAGCAUCACCCAGGGAAAUCACCAGCCUCAGCAUGUCUUUAGUAGUUUUCAAAGCUUCUGGUAAUACAUCGGAAAUUAUUUCAGUGUUUCAAGAUAGAGAUUCAUAUAUCCUUCAAAAAUUAGGGAUCAGUAACUUUUGAAAAAAAUACUAUGAAUAUCACUUUAAGUUUGCAAAUGUCUUCUAGGAUGCUGAACUAGUGUUUAAAUUAUUGUUUACUUUCUAUAAGAAGGCACUUGGUUGUAAAACUGAAUUUGCUUACUAAUCUUGCAGCUAAUGCCUAUUACUUCUCUGAAACUUUAUAAACUUUGUUUGCAUUGCAUAGCAUAGAAUUCUUGUGGAAAAUGUGUUCUCAAAAAACACGGUUCUUCACUUUUAAAUAUAACUGCUUUGUGUGCAUUCCUUGAAACAUGAUGAGAUAUAAAUGAGAAGUAAGGCAUCUGUCUAAAACUGUUAGGGAAUUCAUUAAUAGUGUUGAUCUCAGUGUGAAGGAACACAUCCUGUGAGAAAUAAGACACCUUGUCAUCAUUAGCUUACUUAUGUUCAUCGUUCAUCCAUCUUUCGUCAUCGCUGAUGUUAUUGUACAGCAGGUUGUUAUAGAACUGGAAGAACUCGUCGAGCAUAAACAUUCAAAGUUUAACUGUUAUUGCUAAAGUGACUGGGUGGUAUCUCUUUAGCUGUCAAAAUCUUCAUAACCAUCGUUUUUAUUAAAUCCACAUUAUCUUCUUUCAUAAACAAAACAGAAGCAUAAUGAAUUCCUAUAUUUAUACUAUUUCCUUUUAAGGGUAGAGGGCAAGGCAAGAUAUAUUAAAACAGUGGUUUUACCUCAAACAAGUAAGGGUUUGGUUUUUCACAUGAUAUCAAGAAAAACAGCGACUUAAUUGGAUAACUCACCUUAUCUCUUACUUAAACCUGAAUAAAUAAACAAAUUGGCAAGGGUAGAGCAGUCUGUCAGGUCUGUCCAGCUGUGCUGUUGUGUGCCAAAGUAUUCUGGAAGAAAGAACUGUCCAGUUCUUUGACAUGGUCUUUUAGAGGACUAUGUGAGAUGUGCGAUCUCAUUAUCAUCACCCUGUACGAAACCUUCAAACAUUUUUGUUUGUGGAAUGGAUCGUGUAAAGUGACUGCUAUUAAUACUAAUUAUUACAGGACUCGUCGACGAAAGAUUCUGCAGUGUAUUGAAGUCACAACAUCGUCAACAUUCUUGGACUAUUCAUCACAUUUACCUCUCGACAUGUGUGUGCCUUUUCAGACUGUGUGGUUCGGGAGGUUUGAGCUUCAAACAUUUGUGUGGUGGGGGAAAAGGAACUCACUAAUUUCUCGCAUGAUUUCCUUGAUGAAUUUUUUUCUUUGAUGAACCAGCGCUUGUGUUAUGCUCGAGAGCACAAAAUAUUACAGUCAUCAUCUCUGAUAAUUUUGGCGAUGUUUUGUAAUGAUUAAUUCGAUAUUGCUAAUCUUCCUUGAAGUCAUUCAUACUGCUGUUGAUGGUGUUUAGUGUGCUCACAUCCUCUGCACCACAUUGUUUGGAUUCUUUAUAAAUAUUUUUAAUUUUAUUUCUGCUGAUAUUCACUUGAGGACUUAUAUGUCCUUCGACAUUUUAUUUUUAAAAAUAAAAGCUCUCAAUUCACAAAGCUUUGUACCAUUAAAACCUUUCAUUCAGCCAUGUAUACAAAAAGUUUGCUAUUAACAGACUGUGCGAUAUUUGUGAAAGGUUUACUGUCGAGAACAACAUUGAAACAAUGAGUUUCUGACAAGUGAUCAUCCUAAACAAGAUGGAAUAGUGUGUGUGACUGACAUGUGUUCGUCCUAAGUUGAUAUUUUGCGAGCAUUGGAAUGUUCAGUCUGUAUCAGAUGACAUCAUACACAAUUCUGACAAGUGUUCAUCGUCAAUGAAAUGGCAUAGAUGUUUGUGUUCAUCCUAUAAACGAUGACCCAUUGCGUGUCUGGCAAGUGUUCAUCCUAACUAAAAUGACAGGGUGCGCGUCUAACAAUUGUUUCUCAACCGUUUUACAAGUGUUCAUCUUGUUUAUCAUUAGACAAGAUGAAAGAUUGUGUGCAGGUCUUAUGUGAGACGAACAAGUUUGAAACAAAUUCUUUUUUUUUUAAUCUGUAUUUUGGUCAAAAUAGUGUGCGAUUUGUGCUGCCAUUGCUUCUGAGAAUCAACCAAGAAAGACAGUUUAUUGUGUGGUCAAUGUUUAACGCGCUGUUUACAAGUUCAUGGUGUGUUGUCAGCAGGAAUGCUUCUUACAUAAACUUCUCUCUCCACCAUUUUAUGAGUGCGCCCAUUUAACAUAAAAUUUGUGAUCUGAUUCUUUCGUGCACACAAAUUACUGUCUUGUUAUCGUUGAUGUUCUAUCGGCCACAGCGGGUUUGUGUUCCACUUCUCUCCAGCGAUGCAGUCUAAUGGACACAUCAGAGGUCUUCUCGAUGGCGCCCAGCAUGUCACUACACCUGGAGAUCGUGUGUAUACGGCAAGUUUUUUGUUUAAUUGAUAACUCGGCCAUGAAUACUCCACAAAUUAAUUGUGCUGUGCAUGGAAGAAGUAUUUUCUGCCCUUGUGAAGUUUUUUAGUUCUGCUGAAAGCUCAACCGCUUGAUUUUAAGUAGAGGUCUUUAGUGAUAUUUGGACAUGCAGUCCAGCAAUGGCGUCUUUCACUAAAAGCUGUAAAUAUUAACCUAGCUGUCUAUUUUCUCGAGUGACGAGGACUGAAAAUACAUUAGCAGGGACAUGAGAUAUAGCUUGACAUUCCUCAGUGUGGAAUAGGAUUUCCAGGAAGCUAAAUUAUCUUAAGAUAAAUUCAGGCACUUUUAUUACAUCAUGGAUGCAUUCUCCCUUCCUUCAGAUCCAUUUAACCCUUCUUAACCAAAUGAAUGAAAGUUUGACCACGUACAUGGCGAACAUGGUUACUAAACAAAUACCUACUACGAAAAAUGUUAAAUAUAUGAAUAUGUUUGAAAAAAUGCCUGUCAGUGUAGUCUGUCAAAUAGCCUGCCUAAUAAAUUCACCGGUUGACAAUGGUCUUAAGAUAGUCUACAGCCAAGCUGACAUUCCUUCCUUUUAUCCUUCAGAGGGUCGGUAAUCUUUAACUAAAUUCUCUACUUUGUUUGAGUGAUGUAGAUAUUUGAGGUUUCUGAGUUAACCGUUUCUGUCUUGAUGGUCACGCUUCCGUCAUUUCGACCUAGAAAUCUUGACAAAGGGGAAGUGUCUGAUUCUGUAAUAUUUGCUUAUAUCAAUGAGGAACGAUGAUGCUAAAGGAAAUAUAUCCCCAUCCUUCACAGACAUAAAUAAGUCACACAACUUACCAUUGAGACACACCACCAAGGAACAUGAGCUCUCGCACCAUUAAAACCGUUAGCUUUACUCUCUGACUGCUGAAUUUCCAUUUCAUUGAAGAUCGUUUUCUUGUCUGGUCUCUGCAGCUUUGUAAAUACUUUUUUCGUGGAUACGAGGCUGUGCUUGGCAGGCUGAGUUGCUUGUUCUCCGCUAACUACUUUUUCGUGAAAUAUCACUGUUUUUAAUUGUUUUCACGGUUCUCUUUGUUGCGUGAUAAAGAAAGAGAGAGCGCAUGCGUCAAGGCGCUGAACCCGGUGGACAAAGACUGGUCCAGAAACUUUUCUGAAAAUCACCGAGAUCCCAAGCUGAGUAUAACUACGACAGACUAAAUGAAACACGUCGAGCGAGGAUUUGUUUAGUAUUGUGGGUCAGAUGUCAGGCAUGUACAAGGAUAUCUGUACUCUGUUUAAUAAAAUAUUCCUGGAACAGUUGCUUGAUAUGUUCUGCAAAUACUUUCUUGAAAAAAAAAGCCAUCAAUGUAUGGCUGGACCAGUAGUCUCGUGACUCUUGGUAUUUUCUCCUGGUCGCUUUUCAUGGAGUUUGCGAUUGUCACCAAGUCUCAGGUCAAGAGAUCAUCACAAAGACAUCAAAGUAAUCCUGCUUCCUUGACCCACCUCCGAGAUGAGUGCCUUGACUGGUUGAUUCCAGUUAUCACUCGCACCAUCAACGACUCCGACUGGCCCUACACCCUCCUUGCUGAUGCAUGGUGUCGACUCCUCCACCCACUUCUACAGAAAAUCUUAAUCUCAAAAUCUAUCAUCUUGUUUCUAACCUUUUUCUCCCCAAAUGAAUUUUAAAAGUUUGUGUAUUAUGUUAUUUAAACUCUUUUCUAGAUUCAUAUACUUGAACCAUUUCAGACUAUCGUGACAGUCAUUGGACCGAGACGUUGUUACUACGAGUAGUAACUGGCUUUCUCCUUGCAUCAGGGAUCACACAUCAUUACUCGAUGUGUCGUCUGCUUUUGAAACAUUUGACCACGACAUCCUUCUUCAAUGUUUUCUUGUCACUUUCAGUCUCUCUACUGUUGUUUUGAGCUGAUCUGGUCCUACCUGACAGACCGCACCGAGUCUGUGAUAAAUGAAGGCACCACAUCUUUGUUUUUACUCUAAGGGACGGGGUGCCCAAGGUUCUGUUCUUGGUCCUCUUUUAUUUAUUGUGUGCGUCCAGCCACUUGCGCAUGCGGUAUCAAGUGUAUGAUGUUGUUACACUCCAGCAGGUCUAUCACCACACAGCAUACAACAGACUGUAAAGGUCUGGUUGUUCAUCA